AUGGCGACCACACUUGGUUUGCCAGACGAAGAAAUUGACCGGCUUCUCGCGGAAGCCGAGGCUCGUCUUGCCGGGAGUGGCGAUGCAGAUGCCGGAGCAAUAGCACUCGCAAAGCCUGCUGCGUCGAAGCCGCUGACUGUCGCGGCGCCAGCGGCCCCGAAGGCUGGGGAGCAAACAGUUCCUCAGGUUAAGAAAGCCGAGGAGCUGUCUGUUCGUGUUCCCCAGCUCCCCCAGAAGAAAAAGGGACCUCCAGAUACAUUAUCUGAUUGGUACAACAUUCCGCGCACGAAUUUGACACCGGAGCUGAAGCGCGAUCUGCAACUGUUAAGAAUGCGUGACGUGGUUGCCAUGGGCAAGCAGUUCUUCAAAAAGGAUAACCGCAAGGAUUUUGUCCCUGAGUAUUGUCAGGUUGGCACCAUUAUCGCUGGUGCGACGGAUGGUGUCAGCGGCCGCCUAACCCGCAAAGAACGGAAGCGCACCAUUGUGGAGGAAGUUCUGUCUAGCGACAGCGUCUCCAAGUAUAAGCGCAAGUACCACGAAAUCCAGGAGCAUAAGAAGAGUGGAAGGAAAGGUUAUUACAAGAAACUUAUGGCUGCUCGCAAGCGCAAAUGA